UCAGCUUGUUUGACGUCGCCUUCAAAAUUAUUUCAUCCCACGCAAAAUGCUACAGCCACACAUACAUGGGCUAGUAGUAAUAGGCAUCAGGAAUACUACUGACUUUUGCUAUAAAAAGCUUAAGCACAAAUUGAUUUAAUUCUUCUUCCUUGGCGCUUGGACCAAAGUGUCCAGAUCCUUUUGCUAUUAAAGCGACACAACAACUCAAAUCAAUCAUGUCUAGCAGUCCUGUUAAAGUUAUAGUAAUUACAGGCGCAUCCCGCGGGAUGGGCAAGUCAAUGGCGGAAAUUUUGCUCAAAUCGUCAGACAACUGCAAACUUGUUCUAGUUGCACGUUCAGGAGACAAAUUGCAGGAGUUCGUUGACUCUUUGGCUGAAGAGGAUAAAAAACGUGUGCAUUUUGUUGCUGGCGAUUUGACUGAUUCAAGAACGUUAGAUAAAUUGGUUGAUGAAAGCGUUGCUAAAUUUGGUAAAAUAAACUCAGUCAUUUUUAAUGCAGGUAUAUUAGAACCAAUUGCACAUAUCGAAAAAAUUGAUAUAUCCCAAAUGAAGAAACUAUUUGAUGUCAAUUUCUUUUCAUUGGUUGAAUUGACUCAAAAGUUGCUUCCAAUUUUGAGAAUAACAGCCAAGCAAGAUGGUGUUCCAGCAACAUGUGUCUAUGUUUCUUCAAGUGCAAGCGAGGUUCGUUAUGACGGAUGGCUAGCAUACGGUGCAAGCAAGGCAGCUGUUAAUCAUUUGGCAAUGGAUCUUGAUGCCGAAGAAGACGGUCUUAUUAGAGGUAUAAGCAUUGACCCGGGUGUCGUCGACACCGGUAUGCAAGUUAACAUCAGAGAAAACUUGGGAAGAGGUAUGAAAUCUGAUGCCCAUAAGAAGUUUAUCGAGUUUCAUGAAAAAGGUCAAUUGCUAAAACCUGAAGUUCCUGGUGGAGUUUGUGCACUAUUGGCGUUAAAAGGCGUUCCUAGUGAUUUGGGUGGUAAAUACUUAGAACACUGCGAUAAAUCUUUGAGCUCAUUUCAAUUUGUGGGAAAGAAUACCGCAUAGAAUUGUUAGCCAACUUUUCUAUCUGUGAUCUCAAGCAAACCCCCCACCCCCUCCCCCCCUACAAUGCUGCAAUGCAGGAUUGUGUGUAUAAGUGGCAGUAAAAGUUUCAAGGCAGGA